CUGUUUGUCAUAUUUUAUAGAUAUUUUUUUGUUGGCAAUAAUUUGUUUGUAAUUUAUUAUUUGGAUGAACAAAAAUACUGCAGCCAUAGGUUAAUACUGCAAAAUUUAUUACACAAGGCAAAACAUGUGUUCUGCUGUGAACGUAGACGUUGGAGAGAUCAGGGCAGUUUCCAUUCUGGAAAUGAGCGGGAAUGGCAAAGAAUUUGGAUUGAAACUUGAAGUAGUUGAAGAAAUUUUUAAGAGUGUUAAAAAUUUGCCAGUCGCCAUUAUAAGUGUGUCUGGUGCACUUAGAGAAGGGAAAUCUUUCAUUUUAAACUUGCUGUUGCAUUAUCUUGUACAGCAGAAUAAAUGGCAUUCAGACAGAAAAAGAAAAACUUAUAAUGUGUUUAAAUCAAAGAAUGGAACCGAAAGCGAAACUGUUGGAAUCAACAUUACAAACAAACCAAUCCUAUUGAGAGAUAAAGAUGAUAAAACAGUUGCUGUUUUCUUAAUGGACACUGAAGGAUUGUUUGACAAGGAGAGAGAUGCAAAAGAAUGCUCUACGGUAUUUGCUAUGAGUUGUCUUCUCAGUUCUUUUCAAAUCUUCAACGUAUUCAGGCAACUUCAAGAAAGCAACUUGCAACAUUUGCAGAUUUUUUGCAAUUAUGCAAUGGCCGCUGGUGGAAGAAAGAAAAAAUCUGCUACAACUGGUGCACCAUUUCAGGCUCUUAUGUUUCUGAUUCGUGAUUGGACACACAGAAAUAUCGAUUGUAGUAGAACUGGUGCACAGAGGUACCUUAGCGAGUUUCUGGAAACUAAUAAAGAUGAGAACAAAUUGGUGAGAGAUCAGAUUCGAAACAGCUUUUCCGAUGUCCGAUGUCACUUAUUGCCCCGGCCUGGGGACGAGGUGGAAUGGAAAAAUGGUAAUGAGAUUUAUGUUUCAGAUAUCAAAGAUAACUUUAUCGAAGGAGUUGACGAUCUUGGUGAACAAUUGUUCAAGACGGAAAACUUAAUUGCAAAGCAACUUAACGGCAUCACUAUAACUGGGCAGGGAUUUGUUGAUCUUACAAUAGCAUAUGCAGCAAUACUUCAUGAUGGUAAAAUGCCAAAAGCUGAUUGUAUUCUAAAGGCCAAUCACCAAGUGUUUGUUCUGGACAGAACCAGACAUAUGGAAUCUCAGUAUAUUGAAGCUAUGAAAGAAAAAACUGGGAAAUACAUAAAGCCCAACGAGUUGGAGAAACUACACAAAGAAUAUCUCCACAGAGCAUUGCAACAGCACAAAGAAAUGGUUAAAUAUAUAGAACCAGAUAAAAAAGAUGAGGAACAAUUGGGAACAAUCCAAGCACACAUGAUGGGCCGUCUGAAUACUACCUUUCAAGCUUUGCAACAUGAGAAUGAAGCAAAAAAGAAAGUUCAAAUAAAAGAUUUAAAAGAAUGCAUCUCCAAUGCUGGAAAGUCAUAUAAAGAACUGUUAAAACGGGCUGCUGGUGGAGUGUACCUAGAGGAUGUUUCUGGUCCAUGUGAAAUUGCCCAACAAGAGAUAAUGGCUGAUUUCUAUAAGUGUACUCAUGAAUAUGAUCAGGAUAUAGUACAGGAAUGUAUGGUUUUUUACAAUCAGACCAUUAAAGCAAAAAAUAAAGAAUUCUUAAACAAAAACCUUCAAAGAAAGGAAAGCAUUGAAAAGAGUCUGAAAGGUUUAGUUUCUGAUACAGUGGAAAAAUAUGCUGAGAUGAUGGACCUGGGUGUUGAAAGACCAGGUCAAGGAAUUGAUUUUUCUAAAUUGAAGGAAAAUGCAUUUGCUGAAUCUGUCCGAAUAUUUGAACAAUCUGAUGUUGGAAGAGGUUACAAGUGCCGGCAAACUGAACUCGAAAACUUGAAAGCUAAACUCAAAGAGAACGAUGCUAAAUACUGGGAAAGAUUUUGUAUGUAUCGAGAUACUGAAUUAUUAAAUGCUGUUAAAGAGGCAGAAAAACUGUACAAGAAAUAUGUUAAUACUGAACUAACACAAGAUACAUUCCUGGAAGAAGUUGAACUAACAUCUCGUCACAGAAAAGCAACUGAUGCUGCCAUGGUGGCUUNNNAAGAUAUACAAUAUCACAGAGAUGAAGCNNUUGUUCAACAGUGCAGGGAGAGUAUCACUGAAAAAUUGACAGAUCAACUGGAACUAAUGCAAAAGAAUAAUAAACUUUUCCAGGAAAAGGCGAGUGCAAGGUUCAAGGAAGGUCGCAGAGAAGUGGUGAAAGUUGUUUUUGUUAAAGCAUUUGAGGAUAACCAAGAAAAGUACAUCGAAGAAGAUGAACUUCAAAUCAUCCUACAAAAACUCAAGGAAGAGGCAAUGCAGAAAUACUACCUGCUUAGAGGCCCACCAGAAAAAGAAUUCAAGGCAAAUGAACAAGAACUGUUACAAGUCAUUCAAAAUAAAAUCGAAGAAAUUAUGGCUUGCAACAACAACAAUAAAGAGAAAAUUAUCAAUGCAAUUGAUACGUUUUAUGAUCUGCUGAUGUCGGACUAUGGCAUGAAGAUAAAUGAGAUAACUAGCAAUCGGUACGCGAAUAAGGAAAACUUAAAAAAGCUACAUGAAGAGUUUAAACAGCUGGUUGUUCAAGAGAUGGUAAAAGCAAUACCAUUCAAAAAUAUUCAACAAGAUGCCAUUAACAAGUGCUCUGAUGGAUUGAAUAACAAAUUGAAAUAUUGGGCAGAACAUAGCACCAGGUGGAAAAGUUUUAAAGAAAAUGUUAAGAAUGGGGCAACUACUGGUGCCAUACUAGGAGCUGGGUUUCUUGGAUUUGUAGGUGCAGGCAUUGCAGGGUUGGCUGGUGGUUUAGUUGGUGGCGUUGCAGGUGUGGCAAAAACUGCAAUGACCUUUAAGUAUGAUCUUUCAGUUGAAGAAAUGCGAUCAAUCAAACACCUGCAGUCACUUAAUCUUGCAGAAAAUGUGUACGAUUCCAAGGAUAUGAAUUUUGAACAAUAUUAAAUUAAAUGUACAGUCCAAUAUAAAAAAAUGAUGGUGAUAAACAGUUAUAGGACUCCUUCAUAUUCAUGUAAAUUGUUGUACAUAGAUAUUGUAGUGCUUUUGUUGCGUAUAAUAAACCUGUAUACUAACGUAGGACUACAUGUGGUUUGGAUAUUGUAGUGGUUUCGUUGCGUAUAAUAAAACCUGUAUAUUAAAAGUA